UCCUUGCACCUAUAUUUUACCAUGAUUAUUUCAUGAGUCUUACUUGUCUAACCGGUCAGAUGGUGAACACCAGGUCCGGAUCAGGAGUUGAUCAGCCAGCAGUGCAGCGUCAGAGAAGAGGCAACAACCAGCAACCCAACAACAUGAGUGGAGGCAACAACCAGAACAACGGGCCACCGCCACCACCACCAGCAGGGAUGGAGCAGUUCCUUGCUGCGCAGACACAGCUGUUGACUCAAAUGGCCAACGCCAUGGCCAAUCUACAAGCUCAAGCGAACCAAGCUCCAGUACCACAGCCGCCACAGAGGGAUCGCCACCGUGACUUCAUGAGUCAUAGACCUCCUACUUUCUCCCACUCACCAGAUCCUCUUCACGCCGAUGACUGGCUCAAGACCAUUGAGAAGAUGCUAAAUAUAGUUCAGUGUACAGACAGGGAGAAGGUACUGUAUGCUUCAGGCAGAUUGGAAGGAACUGCAGCAGACUGGUGGGAUGCUUAUACCGCCGCCCAUGUUGAUCAAAACACCAUCACCUGGGAUGAGUUCAGGACUCAAUUCAGGGAGCACCACAUACCUGAGGGUUUGAUGAAGCUGAAGAGGCAGGAAUUUCUAGCUCUGAAGCAAGGUGGAAUGUCUGUAAGUGAGUAUCGGGACAAGUUCAUCCAGCUGUCCCGCUAUGCCUCCGCAGACGUGGCCACGGAUGGGCAGAAGCAGGACUACUUCAGGCUAGGGCUGCUUGCACCCAUCAGAUAUCAGUUGUUGGUGCACAGGAUUGAUAGCUUUCAGAAAUUGGUGGAUAAUGCCAUCGCUGUGGAGAAUGCUCGCAAGGAGAUGGGCGAGCAGAAGCGGAAGUUUGAGUCACAAGGCCAGUCCAGCAAUUCGCACCCGCGCUUUGGACCCCCGCAAGGUAACCAGUACCGCACAGGAGGACAAAAUGUCAAUUUUGGGCAGAAUCAGUAUCAGUACCAGCGUCCAGCUCAGCAGUACCAGCAGAAUCAGCAGUCAGCUCAACGCGCCACUCCCCAGCAGAAUCGUCAGAACACUCCAGCCGGAAUACCCAGGGUAACCCAGGCCAAUCCAGCAACAGUGGGCAGAGACAGACCCCUCAACAACAACGGCCACAGCAGCAACAGCAGCCGAGGAACAACAACCAAACUCCCCAGGGCAACCGAGGACAACAGAAUUAUGUUCAAGGGAGGGUGA